GAGUUCUUACAGGCUCUUCCAUUAACGUGCAAUAAUUCUAUACAGUUUGAUUGUCGAACACUCGCUGAUCCACAAGGUUGUAUUCCUCUCGAAUGGCUCUGUGACGGUCUUAAGGACUGCAAGAAUGGACUGGAUGAGUCUCGUUGUUCGUAUCUCCACUCAUGUCCUGAAGGAAACUUCAUAUGUCGAUCAGGUGACUGCGUGUCAGGCCGCUAUAAAUGUGAUGGUGAGGCCGACUGCCCAGGAGGAGAAGACGAGAGUGGAUGUAAGAACCACGAGACGUUUUUGCCAGGGGCAAGUUCCAUUCGGAAAACUUUCAAAGGUUUUCAGGACUGCCCACUGAGGGAGGAUGAGCACAACUGCACAGGAUCUUCCACUAACAUUUCUGUGAAAGUAACAUCUUGCGAUGUAGGGAUGGUCCUGUGUGCUGAUAAUACUGCCUGUUUCCCAAAGCAUUGGGUAUGUGACGGAGAAGCUGAUUGUCUGGAUGGCAGUGAUGAGGUAAGCGUAUACCCCAAUAAAAGGGAAUACAGUGCAAGGAAGUGUAUUCCGUUGAACCAUACUUGUAACGGAGUUCGUGAUUGUCCAAAUGGCGAUGAUGAGGGUGCACGCUGCAACGAAUGCCAAUCCAGAAGAACUCCGUGCGAAUUCGAAUGCAUUAACACACCGCAAGGUUCACGAUGUAUCUGUCCACAUGGAUCUGUGCUUAAUGCAGAUGAGUUCUCAUGCACUCCAAAGGAUGAGUGUUUGACAACCGAAGGAAAACAGUGUGAGCAGUACUGCGAGGAUCUGCACAACUCGUUCGUGUUUCCACUGUUUAAAAUAGAUAGGAAAGCUUCCUACCCACCAGAUUUCGUUGAAGCAAUUUCCGUUAAUGGACUUUUACGUGUGGUUCGAGAAAAUAUUGUUGGCAUGGGACAGGUCGCAGUCGACUGGAUUGGCGGAAACUUUUACUUUACUCAGCGGUAUCCAUCUCGAACUCCUGGAAUAAGUGUUUGCUCCCAGGAUGGUUUUUUCUUUAUCGCGAAAAGAAAAUACUUGAGCGGAAAAAGAAGAAUCGCCUUACAUCCCCAACGAGGUACUAUGGUUUGGAUCGAGUCAUUUAAUCGUCAUAGGAUCAUGAUGGCUGACAUGGAUGGAGAAAACGUUCGGGUGCUGGUAGAGAACAAACUAGACUAUCCGACUGGUAUUUCUAUUGACCUCAUUCGAGGCGAUGUGUACUUUGGAGACGUUGAACGGGAAAUGAUUGAGCGCGUUAAUAUGGACACGCGAGAAAGGACCGUUGUCCUAACAAAGGGUGUGCAUCAUCCCUACGACUUAAAGUAUUUCAAUGGUUUUUUGUACUGGAGCGACUGGGCUUCGUCAUCAUUAAAAGUGGCCGAAUUGCGCCUUCACCACGAAUCAGCUUAUCUCAUACACUCGUUCGCUGGUUUGCCGUACGGUCUUGCUAUCAAUCACUCAAUAUAUCAGCCAACAACAUCGUCCAUUCCAUGUGCUUUGAACGACUGCCAGUGGAUGUGUGUGUCGAUCCCCAAUAUCGAGGGUGAACUGGAGGCGAAGUGUCUCUGUCCAGAUGGCUAUGAUCGUUCUGCAAACGGUGACUGUCUGCCUCUCAGCGACCCGACUACAACAGAUCCUGAUGGGUCGUCACUCAAAGACGAAGGCGAUUUGUCGCACGUCGGUGUUGCAUGGAUGAAAGAGCGUUGUGAUGACGGAGAUGGUUGCCUAAAUGGCGGACAGUGCAAGGAUAUUAAGAAUGAACAUGGCCGAGUGACGAAGAUAAUCUGCAAAUGUGAAACUCCAUAUGAAGGAUAUCGAUGUGAACGUUUGAAUCCAAUCAAGGAACGAGCAGAGCAGUUGGCUGGUUCAUCACGGCCACAUUGGUUGGCCCUAUUCACAUUUAUGCUUCUGAUUUUACUGGUCCUUAUCUUCAUCUUUUCAUAUCUUAAGAUGCUUACCUUGAGUUCUUUUUCAACUUCUCGAACAACUGUGGAUGUAUUUUUUCCCACCAAGCCCUACAAUUCAUCAUUGUCAAUAGAACCCGUGACCUACCUUAUCUUCAAGGUCCAGUUAGCCAGUGAAAUUCUUUCGAACCAUCACUGCCUUGCGCAUUCGUUAACACUUCCUUAG